GUAAUGCUUGAAAAAAAAAGAAGGUUUAGUCGUGCCAGAUGGGAAUUAGUUCGCACCAUUGGCCAAUGUGGAUCUAGUGCAGUUAGUCAAGAUACUGAGUAUUUGGAACAGGCUGAUUGUCAACUGAUUAAUAGGCUUUUCUUGUAUAGGGUUUGAUAAAUGACAAUUGCUUGACAUUUAAGAUCUACUUGCACUUGUGGGAAAGUGCAAGUAGGUAGAUGCCCUCAUUGCAUGGAGUCCAUGUAAAUCACUAGUACUUGCAUUUAGUUAAGUUUGUUGUCCACCAUGACUGAUAUGCUCGGUACCCUAAUUUCCAUUUUGUGAAUUUUGCAGAGUUCCAUGCUUUAUGUGUCGAUUCUUGGCUUACAUCAUGGAGAACAUUCUGUCCGGUGUGCAAGAGAGAUGCAAGGACGAGCACAGGGGAGCCACCAGCAUCUGAAUCCACACCAUUGCUCUCAUCAAACCCGUCUUCGGUAGCUUCCUCUUCUGUUCUAUCAUCCUUUAGAUCCACAACAUCGUCAGCUAUAAGAAUUGGUCAGCCAUCUCGGUCCCCGUCAGUUUCUCAUUUCCCUUCGUACUCCGGUGGCACCCCUUAUGCCCCGCAGUCCUCCAUUGGCUCGUGCCAUCAAUCAUCGUAUUCCCUCAGCAUGAGCCGAAGCAAUGCUGAUCUAAGGAACAUGUCUUCACAUCGAUCUCAAGCUUCUCAUUUGAUUUCUCCCUACGGCUACCCUUCCAUGUCGCCCCUGAACACGGCGCGCUACAUGUCUGUAUACAACCCUAGUCCAAGCAAUGCCUCGCCGAGCUUAGUGGGAUCCACGAGUUAUCAGCCUCGCCCUCUACAUUGUAGCGAAUCUAAUGCGAGCUUAGUGGGAUCCACGAGUUAUCAGCCUCGCCCUCUACAUUGCAGCGAAUCUUAUGCGAGCUUCUCACCGUUUGCUUCUACCCACUCCCUUCCUGACUGUUGAAAGCCAGGUUUUGGAACUUUUGUUUGACCUUGUCAUGGUAUAAGGAAGUUAACCAUGUAAGUACAAUCUUCUCUACCUCUGAUGUUAUUCAUCAAUGGUGUGCUGCCUUUUUCCUUCACAAAAGGCCCUCUUUCUCUGGUUGUAAAUUAUAGAUGGGAAUGAUACCGAGAUGGUCGGUAUUUGUUUGUAAUUGGUUUCCAUAUGGAGUUUGACAAAAGAGUGUUUGUGGAAUCGAGGCAACAGGGAGAAGAGUUGAUCUUAACCAUGGAUCUAGCUUUUGGGGGUUGCUUUUUAUUUCUUUCUGGUGUGCUUUUUUUUUUCUGGAUGAAAUUGGUGUUCUUCUUUCUUGUAAAGUGACAGAGUGACCAAAUGUUUCAUUUCGCAGUGAAUUUCUUUGGACUGGGUAGAUGGUUUAGUCUCUCUUAACAGUAAAAGUAAUUGUGGUAUGGUAAAGUAGGAGUAGGCUAAAGAAAAUGGCAGGUUUUGUCAGUCUUGUCGAUAGCCAUCUUAUAAGCAUUUAGGAAAGGAGAGUAAUGGAAACUGUCCCAUAACUUGAUUUGUGUAUCUACGUUGUGUUACUGGCGUUGUGUCCAACGUGAGCAGCCUGUAUGAUACGUAUCAAUAGCGGUGUUCAAACGGAUUGGUUAUCGUGGUAACCAUAUUAAUCGGUAGCAUUCGGUUAAUUUGGUUUAGUUAAUUUGGAUAAUUGGUUUGGUUUGGUUUGGUUAAACAAUUUAGCUUAUUUGGUUUGGUUUCAACACUGCUAACCAAUGAAACAAAUUAACCAAUUAAUGAUACACCUAAUAUACAAAAUUAUUUAUACUUCCAUGCAACCAACCAAACCAAACUUUCGUGAUUCCCUAUUUUAUUUUCAUGUGUACAACAAACCAAAGCAUUAUGGGUCAAAAAUUAAAUGGGUCUGCCUAUUUACUAAACCAAAACAUUUUGGACAACUACUAGAUUUUAGGAUUACGUACAAUACCAUGACAAUCACAUUAAACUAUGUAUAGUUUAAGUGUUUCGUAUGAGAGCUUUAACUUCCUGAUGAGUAGUAUUGGUAUGUAGUUAAUAUUUAUGUUAAGGGUUUGUUGUAAGCUAACUAUAUUAGGUGGAGAGAUGAUGAAUGAUGUAUUAACUCGAAUGAUAAUGAUAAUUAUAGAUGGUUAGUCUUAUUAUUAUUUUAUUUAUAUAAAUGAUAGUCUGUGAUAGUAAUAACAUAUGGUUAUGUUUUAUUCAUUAAUAGCAUAAUUGUUUUCAUGUAAUGUUAUGUUAUUUGGUUAAUCCGAUUAUCUGAUUAACCAAACCAAUUAAACUUUGGUUUGGCUAAUUUGGACGGUUUGGUUAAGACAUUUUAUUCCAUGGUUAAUGAAAUUUAGACUUAAUUGGUUUGGUUAUUACCACGGUAACCAUUUGAACACCACUACGUAUAAAGUUCUCCCGUAGCAGCAAUGAAACUGAGAUUUCCUCUUUCAUCAAACUUCAACAAGCAGAUAUCAUGCCCACCACACAAUUAUGAUGUUAUAAUGUAACGGAAAAUCGAUAAUUCAAAAAAAUAAAUAAUAGUAGAUUAUCUAUUUAUGGGCAAGAUGUGCGUUUGCUUAUUUAUGGGCAGGAAAGAUCAGUCUCAUUAUAUUUUGGGAGAUAUAAAUUACAAAGGCGUGAUAAGAUAUACACAACUUCUUCAGGCGGUCUAUCAAUCUAAGCGCCAUCAUUAGUUUUGGUAUGAUCUACAAAUGCAUAAUUUGGCACCGGAUCCAAACUAUCACCACGAUGAUGAUGCAGUUGCUAGGCAAGGAACCGUAAAGCUACAACCGCUGUCGGAGUAGAGAUAUGGUAGUGACAAUAGUCGCCAUCGUUUAUCACUCCAAAAUAAACGACGACGACUGUUGCAUUUGCCUCGAGUUGUUUGCUGAAAAUGUGGUCACCAUCGUCCAUGGAUGUCGCCGCGUAUUCCAUCAAAGCUGCAUCCAUGAUUGGGUGCUCGAGUGCAGCCUGUUGUCCCCCAAGUGUCCACUAUGUGGCCAACUGGUUUAUGCAAGAGGUUUACGAGCUUCUUGGUGGGUCGUCUACAAAUAUAUAGAAGUAGAUUUGGGAGCCGUUUUUCAGCAUUUCAAAUUUUCUCUAAGGAGAACGAAAGUAGUAAGGGUAGAUUUGUCUUCACAGUUUUUUCUUAUUCAUAGAAAAAAAUACAUCAAUACUGAAAUUUGAACCAUGGUUUUUUUAAACAAAGACAUGAAUCAUUACCAAUUACACUAAAUGAAUUUCAUGUAUCUUUUUAAACUACAAAACAUACAGAAACCUAAAAUCUUAAAAACAUGACUUUUCCACUACGAUUAACUAGCUCACUAACUCUUCUGUAAGUAUGUAUUUGUUGUUUGAUAUUUUUAUUAUUAAUUCAAUUUAAACAGUCAAUUUAGCUACCGGUUACAAAUAAACAUUUCGAAUAUUUUGAAAACUUUAGAAUGUACAUCGUAAAUACGUCAUAUUCAAAUAACAUCUGACCAAUCCGUCAGAUACCAAACUAGUUUCUAUUAAGGAUAAAGUCUUUAAUUGUUUUGAACUCCCUUUUCACUCAUGGUCGCAAUAUAACUUUUUCCUACCCUAGAAAGGAAAUAUAACUCAGAAAAGUUAUAUAAAAUUAUAUAACAACCUUCAUAGGAUAACAUAAUAGUACUAUUUGUAUGCAUACUCUAAUACAAGAGGCACAAAAGAAUCAUAUAUACAAAUUAAUCAUACUACAAUACUCAGUAAUUUCGUAGUCGAGUUAGGCGCAUGUGGAUGCAACUACGUACUUGAGCAUUGAUGUAUUUUUUCAAAUAAUCUCUCGUUACUUCCUUUCCUUUCAGAUGUCUUGAUCAAAUCUCAUAUUCCCUUUUCCAUUAUAACGUAAAAUUGCCGUAUUAACACUUCUUUCAUGCAACUAUUCACACUUCACAGUUUUCGUUGAGAACUAAACUCUAUAAAUAUAUGAUAUUGAUUUUUACAAAAAAAAAGGGUAUUGUUUUGAGAUAUGGAUAAGAGAAAGAAGAAGAAGAAGAGAGGAAGAAUCAUGUUUCAACAUUACAUGGCAAGAGAAGGAUAUUGCGGACAAUGAAAAGAAAUCGUUGCU